AUGGAUGAGCCCGGCUUAUCUCCCAGAGACGGCGAUGAUGAUGAUGAUGACGAUGAUGAUGACGAUAACUUGCACCAAAAUGGCAGAGGAAGGUAUCCUACAUAUGAAGCUACGCAAAGCACUUACUCCACGACUAGCAGUGACAGCAGUGGCUCUUUUGACCUAUCAAAUAAUGGCUACUUGGACUGGAAUAAUAAUGAAGGGGGAUGGGGUCAGUAUAAUAUUGAUUCUGAGGAACGUUGCUCGAACUCACUUACGAGCCACAUCAACCGCGCUCGGAAAAAUCAACACGGGAUGAAACGAAACAAUCCUGGUCAUGACGCCGAUGACAACGAAUUCAUCAGCGACUCAUAUUCUAUUAGUGAAAAGGCUUUAAGCCCCGAGCCAACAAACACUCUGUCGACAGCCUUUCAAGGCGUGGAGACGUAUAAAACGAGUACCACCCACAUAGUUGGAAUCGCCACUAUACUUAAGUAUCAUCUCACGGAAUCUACUACGGCCCCUGAGACAAUCAAUGACGCGUACGUGCGAAGAGAGGAUGGGUCGUAUCACAGAAUAAGUCUGGCAAUCAUGGGAAUCGAGAGGGAACCUUCGCAAGUCACACUUAAUUCACAGAGAAGUCUUCGAGAGUAUUUUCAUUCUUCUACGCAUCCAAGCCGUUCAAGAGAGCGUUGGCAAUCUUCCAAAUUGCUUCGACAAUGGCGAAAAGUGCACGCCAAAAAAGACAGAAAGCAUUGCUUUGAAUCUCCAUGGAAACAUUGUACUGAAUUUGAUGAGCCUUGCAUCAGAGAAGAUAGUUUAAGAAACCAUCAGGCUCUCGAUCGAAUGCACCACUUUAGAGACCAUCUGAAAUCUCAACACCGAAGAGCAGCUGACUCUUUAAACCGUCUGCUAUCUAAAAUAACAUUUAACCAUCAGUCCAAGCUCUGUCCCCAUGUCCCUGCCAAGGAAUGGAAGAUUCGCAGAGUAUUCAAGACGUCCUACUCUGUUCCAUUGCAUCAACGCCCCGAGGAGUAUGAAGAUGAAAGUCUUCUCACAUCUUUGACACGAUCUCCUGGGGAGACAGUGGCAACUACAUUUUUGAUCUGUCGAAUCGUUUUUUGA